AGGUAUCGUUAUAAAAAUGCGUCACAGUACGUGACCAUUUCAUCCCAAGCACAUACUCGUCACUGCAAUCAUCGCCCUCGUACAUCUCCGGCUUUGAUUAUUCUGAUUCGCUCAGCAAUAUAUUGUGUCUAACAACCGCCAUGGCGAAGGAGGAUUCCGAGAAGCAUCAUGAGGAGAGCCAUCUUGAGCAUUUAAUUGAUUCGAGUUGCAGAAAUUACACGGCCAUCAACGAAGCUCGGCCCAAAAAGGCAGGUUCUUUCACCGAGAUGCUUGCACUUCUAAAGGCCAAACGACAUCUGCGCGACCCUGGCAGCUACUCGUGGGCCGAACUCGCCUUGAAAGGCCGCUGCCAAGUCCGCACGGCAGAGUAUGCAAGAAACGCCUUCGCUGACAAGCGAUAUGAAGACUGUCAAGAGGCGAUAGAUCUAAUUUUCUAUUAUGAGGCGAGUGACGCGGUCAAGGCGCGAGCACAUAUGCUGUGCUCGCGGGUAGAGAUGGGGAAAGAUCUCGAGACGCGAGUACGCCACCUAGAAAAGGCGGUUCAGAUCUGGUCAAAUGUCAUAGAGAGAGACAGUAUUUCCAGACUGCCUCUCGCUCAAGCCGAAAUGGAAUUAUCCGAAGCGGUGAUGGCUUAUGAUGCGGCAAGAGCGGAGCUCGUGGCCGAAGACCUUAUCCUGGACAUCGAUGAAGCCAUGGCUGAUGUAGGGAUUGACAUGUCGCCCUCGACAUCCAAAGAGGCCUGUGCCUUGCAGGCAUUCAACGCACGCCAUGAAGAACAGCCGAAGCAGGAUCUUGGGCUCAAAGCUUGAAUUCGAUGUUAGCACGUUCCCAACCUCCGCUUGCCGGCUGAGGUGUUCGGUCCGCGCUCGCUUGGACGAGAUUACUCUUCUUCUCCGCAGCGCGUUCUGUGCAGAGCUCGUACACUGUGCUCAGAUUGAAUAAAAGAGCCGGGAACAUCGGGAGUCGCUGAGAAAUGUCCUCAAGCGCAUCACGUGUGGAUCGGAUAUGACCCGUAUAUAACAAUGAGACCGCAGCAUUCUGAGCGAACAAUUCGUGAUUG